AUGGCGGAUCCGUUCGCUCAAGCCGUGUUCCGAGCGUACCGCGAUGGGCUUCUCGCAUCACAGCUGCAGGCGGAAAACACCGGCCCUGAGCCGGCGAAUCCAGGCGCGUCAACUCACGAGCAGUUCUAUUCUGGAUCAUCGCAAUACGCGGCGCAAUACUCGGCGCCAGCUCAUGAUGCUCUGCACGGAGGAUCGUCGCUGCACGCGGCGUUAACACAGCAGCUGAUUCAAGAAGCGGCGCGUCAUUCUGCGUUUACUCAGCAGUUAACUCACGAGACGAUCCAUGGCGGAGGAUCUCAGCAGAAUCAAGCGUUCACCCAGCAGAAUUCAACGUUUACUCAGCAGCAGAACCCAACGUUCACUCAGCAGCAGCAGUCAACGUUUACUCAACAAAAUCCAGCGUUUGCUCAGCAGCAGCCAACGUUCACCCAGCAGCAUCAGACGUUCACUCAGCAGUUGACCCAAGGCGGAAGGGGCUCGCUCCAUGAGCAGCUGGCGGUGGGAGAUGCGGCGCACGGAGACGCGCUGCUGCAAGGAAGUCUACCAGGAGGGAAUCAUGGAGGUUUUGCAGCUACAAACGAAGCAGCUACAAAUGAAACAGUUGCAACUGAAGCAACUACCAAUCAAGCUCAUGAAAGUUUCCUGGGACAAGCGGAUAAUAAUCUGAAUGUUCCGGCUGUUCAGGACAACCUGGGAGCCCAUAACGAAGCAGCUCAAAACGAAGCAGCUCAAAACGAAGCGGCUCAAACUGAAGCAGCUACCGAAGCAGCGCAAACUGAAGCGGCUCAAAAUGAAGUGGCUCCAACCGAAGCAGCUCAAACCGGAGCAGUUCAAACCGAAGCGGCUCAAACCGAGGCGUCUCGAACUGAAGCGGCUCAAAACGAAGCAGCUCAAAACGAGGUCACGGUUAAAGUCGAGGAAGGCGCUGGUCCGGAAUCCGGGACUGGCGCCGGAAAUCGCUCCACCGCUGUCGUUUCUAACAGCGCUUCUGCGAGCGGUGUGUUCUCCAUGCUCCUGGACAUGCAGCACCAGCAGCAGCCGCUGCAGACCCCGCUCACGCCCGUCCCCGCCGUUCCACCGCUCGCCCCGCUUCGUCCCAGCGAUCCCAAGUCCCCGAAUGCUGCUGCUGUCGUGGCGUCUGGGUUUGGACAGAGUGGGUUGCAGGGGCAGCAGACUCGUCCCGCGAAUAACAACUCUGCCUUUCGCUUCUCGCCCUCUGCUCCCUUGCCAUCCUCCCUUGCUCGUGCUCCUGCUCCUGAUCCCUCUGCGCCUUUUGUCCCCUCCGUGUCGCCUCUGCAGCAGCAGCAGCAGCUUCAGCAUCUCGUGUCAUCUGCUGCACGUACUGUUGCCACGUUGCCUCCCUCUCCUCAUCCCUAUCUUGCACCCAUCAAUUUCAUUCACCCUGCCUUUCGUUUCUCUCCCUCUGCUCCCUUCCCAUCCCCCCCCGCUCCUGCUCCUGCUCCCUCUGCUCCUUUUGUCCCCUCUGCGGCUGCCUCUGCAGCAGCAGCAGCUUCAGCCUCUCGUGUCAUCUGCUCCACAUACUGCUGCCACAUGGCCUCCCGCUCCUCCUUCCCCCCGUCGAACCCAACAACUUUACUCUGCCUUUCGUUUCUCUCCCUCUGCUCCUUUUGA